GGGUCUCGCCGGAGACCGAAGAUGGCGGCAUCUGCCGGCGGUGCAAGGAGGAAGCUGGAGGAAGGGACGAGGGUCGGGAUGGGCGCGACGGCGUUGCUGCUGCUGCUGCUCCCUCUGAUGGGAGGUAGGGAGGCGCCCCCCCAGCCCCCCAACCCCUCUCACCGCCCCUACGCACGCUCCCCUCCAUAGCUGUCAACUUUCAGAUUUGAAAAUAAGGGAUCAGCAGCCUCACCUGUCCCGGGGACAGUCUACGGGAUAUCUAACGAUCCGGGAUAGCAGCGGGAAACGGCGCUGGAAUAAGGGAAUUUCCCGCAAAAAAGGGAAGGUUGACAGCUAUGCUCCCCUCUCUCUUCCAGAACUGGUCGCUGGCGGGAAGAUGAAAGUCGUGGAGGAGCCCAACAGCUUCGGGUGAGCGCUUGAGACCUUUCCAGCCCUGUCCCCCAAGUGGGCGCCCCCCAUCAUGAGCGCCCCUGAGGACUUCUCUUCCUCUCCUUGCUUCCUUCCCCACCAGGCUCAACAACCCCUUCCUGCCUCCGUCAAACCGCCUCCAGCCCAAAGCGUCCCCUUCGCCUGUGGCAGGUGAGUGGCUGGGCUGGGGCGGGGCAGGUGCCGAGGCAGGCAAGAGCCGCAGGGCUCCACGGCCAGAGCUCCAGAGGGAGAGAGGAGAGCCCUUUGAAGAGGAUCCUCCGCCUUCCUCUCCCUGUUGCCUAUGGGCUGCCUUUAUGAGCGAGCCUCCUUGUUUCUUUCCUAGGACCGGCACAUCUUUUUAGGCUGGCAGGCAAGUGCUUCAGUUAUGUCGAAUCCAUGUGAGUAUCUCGUUGGCGUGUCAAAUAGUGAAACUCUGUACGUUGUAAUAAAAGACAAGCAUUCAAAAUGCUUUCAAUAUUUAGGUACAAGUAUGAGUUCUGCCCAUUCCAUAAUGUCACCCAGCAUGAGCAGACUUUCCGGUGGAAUGCCUACAGUGGAAUUCUCGGGUAAGCAGAUUCUGACAUUUGUUCCAAUAUUUGUUUGUUUAAAAGCUAGUAUUCUAGGAUCAAAAAACUGCCUGGUUUAACAGGAGAGUUAAAAGCAGCACCUUCAAAUUCACUCACAUUUGUGGCCCGUGCUAGUAUACAGUUGAAAACUAGAUUUCUACAGUUUUGCCCACCCCAAGGAUUCAAACCUUCAGAACUGCAGUAUAAGUUAUUACAGGGCUUAAGUCCUAGCACACAGUGCCCUUACUGUGCCUGUAUUAGUCUUUCAUGAAAUAAAUUAAGUGACUGGGUAUUACUUAUCCUGCAGUCGCCUAGCUGCUUAACUGCCCUGUUAGAUUGACACUUUUGUUUCUGGGUAACAGAUGCUUCAUAGCCUGAGACAAAACAGAACCCUGCAGGCUGCAUGUCAGAGUAGACUGUCAGCACCACUUUAUAGAAAAGGCCAUUAACUACUGAUACCAUGAUUGAUGGCAUCAAAUUCCACUUUUCCCUUUGAGGUUUUCUUAAAAAACAGAUUUUUUUAACCUGUUUACUUUCUUUCUAGAAUCUGGCAUGAAUGGGAAAUUGAAAACAAUACAUUUGUUGGUAUGUGGAUGAGAGAUGGAGAUUCGUGUGAAACCAGGAACCGACAAACAAAGGUAAGCAGUAAGAUGUACUAAAGAACAAAAAUACCUUUUGGCCAUCUACAAGCUUUGAACGUGUUCCUUGCUUUCAUCACAACACUUGUAAAAAGGGGAGGGGGGCAGACAGGCUUUGCACAGGAGAAGAAUUUGGUUCUUCAUUGGGCUAUUUCACAGCCAAGGAAUGGUAUCUGAGACAUUUUUCUUUACAAAGCACUCAGGUUAUACUGUAAGUUUCUCCUAACAGUCUGAUUGUAUGCUUGCCUACAGCAAGAUAAGCUACGUGAUGUUCCUUGUGUUUGGGAAGAAACAGGACUACAGUGGUACCUCUGGAUGCAAACGGGAUGCGUUCCAGAGCCCCGUUCGCAUCCUGAGUAGAAUGCAGCCCGCGUGUGUGCGGGUCACGAUUCACCACUUCUGCGCAUGCUCGUGACAUGUUGAGCGUCUGUGCAUGCGCGAGCGGCGAAACCCAGAAGUAACGUGUUCCGUUAUUUCCGGGUCGCCGCAGAGUGUAACCUGAAAAUGCUCAACCUGAAGCGACUUCAACCCAAGGUAUGACUACUUGGUGCUGUUAAAUCUCAUGACAGUGCUUGAUGCUCACUGACUACUCCAGCAAAUGAUCCACGGUGAAAUGGGAUUUGACUUAAUACGAAGCCAGCAAUGGCUUUUUUCACUUGUUCUCACUUCUCUGCUUUUCAGGUUCUUCUUGUCUGUGGAAAGAACAACAAACUGGCUCACGUGUCUGAACCGAGCACUUGUGUUUAUUCUCUUACAUUUGAAACUCCACUAGUUUGCCACCCACAUUCUCUCUUAGGUAGGUUAAAUACCUCCAUUUCUGGGUGAGUGCCAGGAGGCACUGCAGUGAAGUGCUAGCUUCUACUGCAAAAGGCCCUUUCACCAGAGUUCCCAUCACCAAGGUUCCACUUUUGUGAUGCAGAGAAAAGCAAAGAGUGAUGGAGCCUCAUGAUGCCUCCUUUGAUUUCUGAGAUGUGCCUUCUCUGGCCAGAUUUUCAGUAUUGGUGCUGCAGUGCAUGGCUGGCUGCAGAGAUGAUGAGGGUCAUUUUCAUUUUCAUCAUCUAUAUAUUUGGGAAGUUGUUUGCCUGCUCAUUAUGUAUUUGGGCACCUCUUAAGAUACUGUAAUGAAAUUUUGUAUGAUGAUUCCUUAAAGAAAGGGGAGGUUUCUGUCUAUGUUUAGAUAAUGUUGUAUGCAAUUUUGAAUCAAGAUGGUGGACUGAAACCUUCCAAAGGGUGGUGCACUGAUUUUUCUUUUCUCCUUACAGUCUAUCCAGCUUUGCCUGAAACCCUCCGAAGGAAGUGGGAUGAAGUGGAACAGUUGCUUUAUGCCGAGCUAAUCACAAAACAGGUUUGCUUCUUUUGUUACAUCUCUUUCCUACCUUGCUUCUGUGGAACCCCAAGAGGCACACGCAGCUUUCACAGGGAGCCUCCCUUCCAGGCACACUCCAGGCCCAGCUCAGCUCAGCUUAGGCCUUCAUUCAGUGCUGCUACGUUCAAAGUCUUGCCCUGGCUGUUCCCUAAUUAGGGUGUGAAGGCUGCUCAGAGGAAAAGCUUUAAGGUACCGCUUCCGUAUUUAACCUUGCAGUUUGUAUAUAGCACAGAGGGUGGGGUGGAAUAAAGCAAUGACAUAGCUUCCCCUCAAAAUUGACUGAGAUUGAUUUAUAAAUUCUCUGUUUAAAAACAACUUGGUUUUUAAUAAUAAUUUAAAUUAAUAUAUAGCUGAUCCUGUAGCCUGUAUUUCUAAUCUCUUAAAAGUGAAUAUUGGUAAUCUAUCAAGUGUAUUGGAGGAUGAUUCUAAUAAUGGACUGGAAAAAGUCCUGGACUGGCAGAUAGACAUUUAAUAUACCUGGAACUAUUGAAGCUUUUUGAGGGAAAAUGCUUUUUCAGUGUGAUUUGUUUUGUCUUAUCUUGGGAAACAGAUUUGAUUUUUUUAUAAACCUUUUCAUAUAGUAUUUCAAGGCUUUUUCAUAACAGAAAUGAACAGUAACUACAGAAGCAGUUUAAAAAUAUUAGCAUGCCAGUAAAAAGCUACAAAAGCGGGGGAGAGAGAAUGUAAGAAAAUCAUAGUUUCAACCUCUGGAAGGCAGUAUAAAAGCAAAAAAGAAAAGUAACCUAAAAGUCUGAUGGGUAGCAUGGUCCAGAUGUUUUGCUAUAUUCAAGUUUUGCAAAGUUGCUACUUAAUUGUAAACCAAAAUUAAUUGUAGUUAUUAGAGUAACUACUUGAGUGUGCAUGUGUUCAGGAAAUACGUGGAUUUCAAAUGGGAUACAGUACUUGAUUUUCAUAAAUGUAUUUUACCCAAGUCAUUAAAAUCCAGCUGGCCAGUGCUGAAAUGCUGGCUCCCAGUUCUGAGUCCAGGCUCCUGGAAAACAGGUGAAAAGCAAAUAGCAAUUGGGAGGGUAAAAAUAAGGCUUUAUUUGAUAUUUUGUUUUCUAGGGAUACAAGAAAUGGUUGAAAGAGAUAUUUGAAGAAGCAGGCUUUUUUAAAUUAACUGGAGAGAAAGUGAGUGAAGGAAAGAAAACAAAGCCUCAACACCUGGAAUUUGAUUCACUGGGAAAGUGCAAUAAGGUACAAAAAUUGGUGCCUGAGAUGCUAGGCUGGUACAUUGUGGCCGUUGUUUAUCAUUCUGCAUUCUUCUUCUUGUGCUGUUUCAGUGACUUCGUCUAUUAAAAAAAUAGGCAUAGAGGCUGAGUGGGAGGUAUGUCAGAUUUUGCUGGAAUGAAUAGCAUCAGUGAACGUUGCCCAGUGCUUAAAAGUUCUAUGGAUGCAAGUAAAGAGUGGCAAGGGCCUGACUGGGUUUCAAGCCUGCUAUUAGAGUGGCUCUCCCAGACAUAAUCAUUAUCUUGAUGACGUAAAGGAUUCUCUAUUUGGACAUUUUGUAUUUUCUGAACUUUUAUGUUAAGUUGUUACCUGUAUUUGUGGAUAACCAUUGCCCUCUUAUUUUCUAGGAGUACAAAGAACUUUCUAAAGAUCUGAAGAGGCUUACAGAUUUACUUACUCAACAUGGAAUUUCGUAUGAAACAAGCCUGAGUAAGUUGAGCAAAAUUAUUUCCUCCUCCACACAACACUGACAUUGGCGAUCUUAGUAACUCUUAUUUGGGAAUAAGUCUUGCUGAACUUGGCAGGCCCAAACAUUGGCAGUGGAGGGAAGGGGAGAAUGAAAUAGAGGCAGUAUUUAACUUUAACUUGUUUUUACUCCUUCAACAACGUAACAUGUAUAGUUUAUAACUUAGGCUUCAAGGUGGGUGAAGUGUUGAAAGGGCUUGAGGUGGGGAAAAGCCAGGUUCAGGGUAGGGGAAAUGACAGAGCAUCCUUCUGGAUUCAUCCCAGUCCUUGGUUCUUGGUUGGGUGGGAAAGCUGUUGCUGGCUUAUGAGAUCAAUGGUCUGAGCUUGGUAUAAAGUAAUUAUCUUCUUGUAUUCUAGAUGGAAACAGAGAUGAUAACCGUGCCACUCAGGCAGUUGUGACAGAAAAGCCAGCUCUUACUGUUGUUUCAAAGGCUGAUUGGCACCUGCGUGGAGACACGGGAACAUGGAAUGACUCCCUCUAAGGAAAAAUCCCCCUGGACAACUCGCUCAGCAUUUGGGGUUUUCACAGCAAUUAGAAUUUAAUCCACAUUGUGUGGUUGUACUUGGGUUAUGGAACCUGUGACCCCUCAGAUGAGGCUGGAGUAUAGCUUUCAUCUUUCAGCAUAGGCCACGCUAACUGGACCUGAAGGGAACUGGGAUUGAACAAGAAGCAUAUGGAAAGUCACAAGUUUCCUAUUCCUCUUCUGUACCCCACAGGGAAGAGCAGAAACUGUUUAAUAUAGGACAGUCUUUUCAGCAGACCAGUAUCUGGUAGGAGCCUCUGCUGCCAACUCAGGACUCUCUUUUGGAGUGAAGUGAGGGCUGCCCAUUGAAGCUGUGGCAGCCUUUUUGAGUUUUGUGUCUUAUUGCUUCGUAACAGAGAAUGCUGCAACUGAGGGCAGCAGUCUUACGUACUGUGUGGUGUCUUGGGCCAAAAGAGGAUCCAUCCAAUAAAUUCCAGUCCUUAGAAUUUUAUUUAACAAAAGUGCAUAGAGACCACAGUAUGGGUAUAGGCGGAGGGACCCAAUACAGGAUUUAUCCCAAAGGAACAUUACAAAUGACCAGUCAGUGUUGCAGGCAUGCACUAUGAAGAAAACUUCAAGCAGAACUAGCCCCCUAUGCUUAAUUUUACUCCUAUUAAUUCAGCAGGCCCCUCCACUGCUUUAUGAUAUAUUUCUGAUUGUUUCUACUAGGCUGUUAAGGCAAGAAACUUAACGUACUUGAUUUCUGCCGCCACUUUCAUUCAUUUCAGCGGGACACUGGGCACAGAGACUGCUGCUCCAUAAGCCAGAUCUGUUUAUCCACCUUGAUGAGGCUCAAAAUUGCCCAUCUUGCCUUCCUACCAAGAACCACCUACUUGAUCACAUGAGAUGGCCCACGGCCAGAGCAGAAGUGCCUCCAGCUGCUGUCUUGGUGGUUUGGUCACCUUAGUAGCCACCAUAAUGCUAUAGGAAUAUCAAACUACACUACAAUAGAUUGGGGGGUAGAAGAGGAGGGAAAGUCCAAGACUUGGACUAAACACCCCCAAAGACAACAAACAAACCAACCACUCAGGCUAAUAAUGGUUUAAUUCUGGGUGUUGAGUACAUGGGAAACAAUAUGCAGGAGGCGGUGCAGCCAUACGUCAGGAUGGGUGCAAAGAUCUGGAGCCAGCCGAGGUUGGCAAUGUGGGAAGAGAGCUGCUCGUUUUGGGAGCCACUGGUGGGUGAAGCAGCUCACAGAAAGAAACUCAAAGCUCCUUUUCCACAGACUUCCAAGUAACAAGAGUUACUUCCCAUAGAACUUCUUGUUUAGGAGAAAAAUGAGGAGAUUGACAUUCACUUUUGCUCGGUCAAACAACUUCAUGACAGCCACACCUUCAUACUGGAGCUGCAACAGAUCCUGUGGGAGCCAGAGGAGGGGCAGGGAGAGAGAGAGAGAGAAUAAAUUCUCAGCUGUGGCUCCUAGGACACACCUGGUCAGCGUACAGAGGCUUGGCCUAUAGCAUUCAUACAUUUUGUCCAGUUUGGACCUCAGAGAUGGGCAAAUCAUACCUAGCAGUCAUUUCUCAAAUAGCACAUGCCAUCAUUUUUUUGUGAUGCUCAGCGGAAGGGGAUGCUAUCAAGCUGUUAUAGUGAAGGGUUCUCUGUUUUGCACAGGGUGGGAAGGAACCCUAUUCCAUGCAUUGAUACUUCUCCAAAACUGAUUUCCUCACUGGUAAAAGCAUGAAUGCCGUACCUGUUGGACAUUCUAAUUUUGUUUUCGGUAAUUUUAAGUGCACAUUUUUCUUUAAUGCUGCCAAAUAAGGGGGAAAAAAGUGAUUUCCCCAUGUAAUAAUGUGCACAUGCCAUUUUGCUGAAAUAAAUUAUUCUGGAAAUGCCUCUGCACUGACUCUUCAACUCAUUUCCAAGAAAUGAGGAUGGAGCACACAUGAGGGACUGUGAAUGUUGCGUUUGGCUGCAGAUUGAAAGGGAACAGCAAGCCAUGUUAUGCCCCAGCAAUUAUACCCCAAUUGCUUGAUGCUUGCAUACUUUCUGAUAGCAGGCUAAACGGAGAAUAAGUUGGCAGUGAAUAGAUUAAGCUUUAGGAGUUAUUUUUCCUAGGCAAGUUAUAUGCAUUUGCACCAUCCACUUUGCUCCCCCCCAUAUACUCCCCUGAGAUUAUUUCAGCACAUUAAAAAAGUUCUAAGAAUGAAAUUGGGCAAAAAAGAUGAAUAUAAUAACUAAACUCUUACUCCAGUCUAGGAUCAACAAUUGAUAAUAGGACUAUUGCUUAGAAUCACUGCUGGAGAUCUCCUUGCUCACUAAUUAGGCCAUGAGGGAAAAGAGGAGGAAUGAACUAUUUUUAAAAAUAAAUAUAUAAGCGCUACAGCUCUGGCAUUGGGCAUGGCAGGCCUGGAGGGUGGGAAGGAGGCCUCUGUGCCCUCCAGGAACAAGUCUGGAAGACACAGUCUCCUGAUCAAGGAGAAGCCUAUUCCCAAACCAUUUUGCGAUGUCCACCUGCACUGGGGGGUGGGGGAUGUGUGAAAAGGCAUUUUUUCAGAAAACUGAAGCAGCCACAAAGCUGCUGCAUCAUCUAGUGCAAACACAAUAAAUCUCCCCACCACUACCAUCCCGGGGGGGGGGGGGGAGUGGAGAGUCAUUUUUAAAAUCCAUCUAUUUAUGUAAAACUGCUAGCACAUUUAAAUACAUCUGUCUUUUCAU